UGCUAGCAGAACUUUAUUAGGAAUUGAAUUUCAGCAUUCGAAUUUUGCUGCUUAGCGAAUUUUAUUUAUAGUUUAGAAGUAGUGAAAGUAAUACCAUGAUCAUAUUAUAAUGAACGUCGAGCAAUAGGGCAGAAUCUCAAGCUUUUAUCAUUAUUGAUAUAUUAGUGCAAAUGGGAAAAGGUUUUUAAGUACCGGAACACUACUGAUAUAGCCUAGAAGUCCUAUGCAAACUCAUGGAAAAAUCGAUGUCGUUUCACAUCUGCCAGUCUGACCCACAAGAAAGAUUGUGUCAUUAACUGUCAGUCAAAAUUUCGAUUCGCUGCUGAAAUCUAGAUUUUAUCACGAAACACGGAAUCAAGUAUGAACUGCUCGAAGAACAAUUCCAACAGUUUCUCUAAAUCCUUUGAAGAUGUACUCGGUGAGAAAUUCUACGUGGACAUAGUCGUAACAAUGAUUUUGAUUUAUUUAACGUUCUGUCAGAUCUACGUUCUUAUUUCGAAGAGAUUAUUUAAACUUCAACUUGGAAAAUGCACGGACCUUUUGCUGUCUUCGAACCUUCGAUCUGUGAUGAGUUUUACACUUGUUUUUACUGGCCUAGUUGCCUUAUCUAAAAUGGUCGCGGUGUUUAUUAUUCAUCGAAAUAUCAACAGCCCAACUUAUAUAGCUGACGUGCUUCUAUCACAGUGGGCAUUUACAUCGGAGUAUCUCAUAUUGUGGCUUCGUCAGACAAUGUUUCACAGCGAACCAUCUUUGAGGCAUCUUUCAUCAAAACCGUUGCAUAAUUUCAGUCGAUUUCAAGGAUUUUUCAUGUUAUUCUUCAAUUUGUUUUUUAGUAUUGUGAUUGGAUAUUAUGGCAUUCAAAAUAAUGUGAUAAGAUUGACUUGUUUACCAACAUGGAUAACAUUUUGUUUUCUUCUUUAUCAAAUUGAAACUCAAAUUUGUACCCUUGCAUUGUUUAUAAUUCCGUUAUUUCGUCAUAGAAAAACGUUGAAAAAAUCUUUCAAGGGUCAAAGAUUACAACAGAAGUCUAUUAACCUAUUAAAAAGAUCGAUGAUAAUUACUCCUAUAACAAUUUUAAGCGACAUUCUCGCAUUUGUUGUAUUAUCUAAAUUUGGAUUAUCGGUGGUUUAUAAUGUCAAUGUAGCUUUCAAUUUGUGGUGUCUGCUUCUUUGCUUUGACGACUGGAAGGAUAGGAUGCUGCCAUGUUAUCCACAUUGCAAAUGUUGCGACGGAAAACAUCAAGAAAACAAUUUAAGUUCAAGUAAUGUUACUGAAUGUAAAACCAAUGAAGAAGAUGUUUGAUUUAUUGCAUCUAAAACAGUGGUUCUCAAACUUUUCAAGCCGCUCCCUAUUCAGAAUUUGUCAAGUCUCGCGCCCCACCUUUAAAAAUAACUAGCUACCAAUAAGCUACAAAUAACAGAUAGUAAGGCGAAAG